GGGUGUUGGCAUUGCCCUUGCGUUUAUUGCUCUCUCAAGGUCGACCGCUCUCCUUCCGUCUUUCUCCCCCUCGCGGUCUUUCUUUCUCUCCGUGCUGCACAGUGGUGAUGUGAUGACGUACAUCGUUCACCGUACAAUGCUGGUGCAGUGAUGACCGCGCCCGAGGUCGACCGCUUCCCCCGCCUGUCUCUGUCAUAUUCACAUCAUCAUCCUUCAGUUUGAAGCGGACAGCUCCUAGUGAAGGAUCCUGAUCCUCACAAUCCUUUCGGUGGACGAGGCUUUCGUGCACCUCACCCCCAACGUCAUUUGGUGUGCGAGGGGCAUAAUAUUUCGUCUCGACUCGCUGCUCAAACCGUGGUGGUGAUGGGAUGCUGAAAAAGUGCCUUUCUCGUCUGGCUCUGUGCAGGAGGAUGGAAGGCGAUAGGACCGUGCCGGUGACGCCACGAAGACUAGCAUGGCCGCACGUGUUCAGUCCUAUGCUGGCCUCUCUCUCCCUUUGCCUGACGCUUUCCAACUUGUCCCGGUUCUCCCUGCUCACUGCACACUACGGAGGAGUGUUCCUCCUUCAAUGGCUCUUCCUCAGUAUCCUCUUCGGGAUUCCGGCCAUCGGCUUCUUCCUGUCCGCCGGGCAAUAUACAGGACUCGGUUACGUUCACCUCUGGUCCCUGUCCAGUCCCCUAUUCAAAGGGAUCGGGCUGGCUCUCCUUGUCAUGCAGGCCUCCGUUGGCAUCUAUCUCUCUGUCCCUGUCUCCUGGAUGUUCCUCUACUUGAGGGAUUCCUUCGUCCUCAAAUGGCAAGAUUGCUUCAUCCCAUAUCGAGACUGCGUGUUCAACAGCAGUUCAAGGGUCUCCGUAAACGUGGCCGACUAUUUCAAUGGGCUAGUUCUCCGGAGACAUGAGCCAAUGGGAGACGACUGGGACCUAGGAAACAUCCAGUUCCAGGGAGCUUUCAACCUUGCCAUCGUCUGGAUCCUCAUCAUGGUCUGUCUUAGCAAAGGCCUGGAAGCAUACGGGAAGCUGGUAUACUUCUUCACCAUCGUCCCCAUCACGGGACUGAUCCUCGUCUGUGGACAGAUCAUCAGGUUGGCCCAUUCCGAAGUCCACUUGCUUCUUGCUCAUUCCUCCUUCUUUGAACUCCUCUCGGACACCCAACAGUGGUUGGUUGUCGCACGGGAGGUUUUCUUCAUCUGGAUCAUGCAAGGAGCUGCCGUCUUCCAGCUUUCAUCCCAUAAUCCCCGGAGAAGGAAUAUCAGCCGAGAUUUCCAGCUCCUCUCUGUUCUUGUCGUCGCCCUGUAUCUCCUGAUGGGAUUCGCGGGUGCUGCCUGCCUUUCCAUCAUCCGACAACAUGGUUUUUCUUACAUUCCUUCCUCCUUCGAGUCUGGACACGCUUUCCAGUUCCUAGAGACUUCCCAAGAGCCUGGAGGGAUCAAGCAAGGUCCAAUCGAGGGUCGACAAAUGAUCGACACCCUUCUGGUUGGCUAUUCUAGGAAAAAUGCAAUCAUUCGUGGUGAUACAUAUAGUGGAUACGUCCCACUUCGAUUGGCAACGGAAGUCUUCCCCGCUGUCACCGUCCUUCUUGGACCCGACGGAUUCUCUCCCUUUUGGACCAUGUUGUUUUAUCUGAGCAUGAGUCUCUGUGGAUUGGCACACGUGAUGGGUAUAUGGAGGAGUGUGAUUGAAGGGAUCCUCUGGUUGUCUCCGGCAAGAUUCCUCGCGUGGGAUACGACCAUCACGUUCUUCACUUCCCUUGCUGCCUUCCUCAUAACUCUCUCAUUCACCACCCAGGCCGGGAUACACUUGUUCUACUGGUGGGACUCUUGUAUGGGGAGUGGGUGGUGGGAAAUGUGCCUCUACCUGGGGGUCAUCAUUGCUCUUCUCUGGUUCCGACGGAAACCCUUCUCUGCCUGGGACAUAGCUUCCCUCCUCACUCGAAAAUCCCCAUGUUCCACUCAACGAUUCCUCCGGGCUGUCUUCUCCUUUCUUUGGAUCUUACCUCUCCCCGCCUUCCUCCUCGUGGUGGCCGUGGGUUCCUUGAGGACAGGGUCCUUUCGAGAACUCCUUCAUUGGUCGGGGAAUACCUUAUAUGAAGGAUGGCCUCCCUGGGCUCGACAGCUUGGGGGUUGGUUCCAAGUCAUCCCUCUUCUCCUCAUCCCAACUGUUGCCAUCUAUCAGGUCCUUCGCCACAUCUGUGACCCUUCCAUCCCUGCCCCCUUUUCAUCGCCUUGGAAAAAGCUGUGCCGACCAGAGGUAGAUCCCGAGCUUGUCGAGGAUCCUCGAACGGAUCCCGAGAUGGGUCCAUCCUCGGGACCAGGGGGAGUGAAUGAGGUCCGACUGGAAUUGAGUCAAUUUCAGCAUCAGGAAGGGCACGAUGAGCGUGGGGAUCCCCCUCCCAAGUACAGCCCACCGCCAUCAUAUUCCUUUGCGACGGGCGCGAUGCUUGCAGAAGCGGUGAGGAUCUCAAAGCUUCUCUUUUCAUCGGCGUCCCCGUUGAGCCGGUUGGUCCCUGGUCGACGUAGUCUCCACGCCCAUCCUCACCGGAGGCGGUCUUCCCCUUCACCGAACCCUGUUAAAAGAAGCCUGUCUGCCCCUCCGCAAAGACUUCCCUUCACCGUGUACUCACCUCAACCUUCCGCCCUCCAUAGCUGACAUGAUUAGUCUUCAAGCGACGAAGCCUCCACGCUCACCCUGUCGAUGUUCCCCGUCCGAAGAAGCAGCUUCUCCUUGAACCACCCCACUUCCCUCCUCCACCUUCCUCACCUUCAUGCCUGAGUUGAUCGGACCCCUGGCGACAGAACCUGCAUGUCUACCUUUUAUGGAGGAGAUAAUUACCUUUACUGAACUUCACUGAAAGAAGUUUUUCAGCAAUAACCCUAUACACCCCAUUUGGACUUCCUCCUUCCCCUCCCACCCUCCUCCUCCACGCUUAAUUCGAGUCCCCUGGUGAACUAUGUGCCCUUUUUAUGUGAUUCUUAUUCUUUCCCCUUGUGCAUUUGCGUUCGAAUGGAUGAGCUUGCACAUGCUGUAGUCUUUCAAAGUUUCCCAUCGCUCCCUUGUAAUCCAUGAUCCCGCCUUAGCUGUGAUAAAGAUGGGC